ACACUUACCACACACCAAAGCUGUGUGGUGAUAUUGAAAAUGAGAAGAAUAGCUUUGUGAAUGGCAUUGUUGAGCAAUGGCGCUUCUACGUGUUGUGUGCUUAACCUCUGCAAAUCAGUUAUCGGUUCAAACCUAUUCCCAUUCCCAUUCCCAUCCCAUCGCUCUCUCUUCCCUUUCCCAAUCCAUCAACUUCCCCAAUCGCCCUUCCUUUCACCUUCCACCCUUAUCCCUUACCACAACCAAACAAACCCCUAAUUUCACUCUCACAUGCGUUUCCACUUCCCAACAACAACCCCAGCCAGUAACCGAAGAAGAAUUUUCUCGUACAAGGUUGCUCGCUCAGAACGUCCCAUGGACAAGCACCCCGGAGGAUAUUCGUUCUUUGUUUGAGAAACAUGGAAAAGUCCUCGAAGUCGAGCUUUCUAUGUAUAAGAAAAACAGAAACCGGGGUUUGGCCUUUGUCGAAAUGGGUUCUCCAGAAGAGGCUCUUGAAGCUCUCAAUAAACUCGAAUCGUAUGAGUUUGAGGGUCGUGUAAUGAAAGUCAAUUAUGCUCGGCCGAAAAAGAAGAAAACGCCGCCUCCGGUGAAACCAAAUCCUGGCGUGACGUUUAACUUGUUUGUUGGUAACUUGUCCUAUUUAGCCAAGUCCAAGGAUCUCAAGGAAUUUUUUGAUUCCGGAACUAAUAAAGUUGUUAGAGCCGAGGUUGUAUUUCUUGACAAUCCUAGAAAGCCGUCAGGGUAUGGAUUUGUGUCAUACAAGUCCAAGAAAGAAGCCGAGGCUGCUCUUGCUGAGUUCCAAGGAAAGGAAUUUAUGGGAAGGGCAAUCAGGGUGGAUCGGGGUCGUCGAUUUGUUCAGAAACCAGGGGAUGGGAAUUCAAAGUCUGUUGUAGAUACUCCUUCUGAGUUGAGUGUGAAUGGGGAAGAAGCUGAACAGCCAGCAGAGGGAACUCCAAACUCUGAAGAUACUCCUGAGUUGAGUGUGAAUGAGGCAGAAGCUGACAAAGCUGAUUGAUAUCAAAUUUUCCCUGAUGCAUACCAAUGUUGUUGAUGUUGUUUGAAGCUUUGUAAACCAGAGGCUCGAGAUACAAGGAAAGAGUUGGAGUAAGUGCAAUCAUUUCUGUGAUUCAAGAAUGAAUAGUUACUGUAAAUGAAUGAUAGCAUCUCCAUGGAGUCAACAAAUCCUUAUUGUGUAAUUUAACAAUUGUUGGCAUGCAACUAUAUCUUAAGAAAGCAAGAAACAUAUGUAUAUUAGUGACGUUGUUUGCAUCUUCACUGGUUAGUAGUUGCUUCACGAUGAUGUGGAUGUGAUCCAACGUAUUCUUUCUUUUCUGUCUUCAA